AUGAUAAACAACGAGAACUACGCGACAUGUCCGUACAACCCAUGCCACCGAGUGUCUCGCUCCAGGCUGCAGCAUCACAUCAUCAAAUGCCAGAAGACCCAUCCGCCACUAGAAAUAUGUCUGUUCAACGCCACACACCGUUACCCAGCCCAUCUCAUGAAAGACCACUACGAAGUAUGUCCGAAUAAGAUACAAAAGGAACAAAGUCUUAGUUUUAGAAACAAUUUUUGUACUAGUAAUAUUACGAUUGGAGCGAGGCGGGCUCCGAUACCACUGAAGCAACAGGAUUAUCUCCCGGAGCACGAUCCUGAUUAUGAGUGCUGGGAUGAUUAA